AGAGCUCUCUGCGAGAGCUUCACACUCGACGCGAGUGAGCAUAGGAUCGACUUCGCUGGACCGACCGUUCCUCCCUACCGCAAUCCUCCGACAUGCCUCCUCAGAUCUUCUUUCUAGUCUCAUUGCCGACCUCAAUCUCGCCUGCCAACUCCCGCGACGAAGCUCUCACCACAUUACGCUCCGCCGUGAACCCAGAUAAUGGCACGACAUACCCCUUUGCCAUUCCCGAGUUCAAGAUCGGGACUCUAGACGCGCUGGUGCAGCAGGCAGAUGAGCUAGCAAAGCUGGAGCAAGGUUGCAAAGGCGUCGUCGACAAGGUCGGAGACUCGCUGCGAUCAUUACUCGAAGGCGAUGAGGAGAAGCUGCAGGAACAAAAGGUGGUGAAUGACAAGCCGGUUGAGAACUACCUCCAAUCGUUCCAGUGGAAUAAAGUCAAAUAUCGGGCGGACAAGCCCAUUGCUGAACUGAUUGACAGCCUGCAAAAAGAGAUUGCUGCAGUGGAUAACGAUGUGAAGGCAAAAUUCAGCCAGUACAACCAGACCAAGACAAAUUUGGCCACCUUACAGCGCUCUCAGACCGGCAACCUCUCCCAAAAGUCCCUCAACGCAGUAGUGAACCCAGACACUCUGAUUCAACCGGACCAGUCCGAAUAUCUCCAGCAACACUUGAUCGCCGUGCCUUCGCAGCUUGUCAAGGACUUCCUGAAAACAUACGAGUCGAUAGCACCCAUGGUCGUGCCUCGAUCAGCGCAGCUACUGGCCAAAGACGACGAAUUCCAGCUAUUCGUGGUGACGACUUUCAAGAAACAUGCAUCAGAGUUCGUGCACAAGUGCAGAGAGCACAGGUGGACGCCGCGCGAGUUGAAAUUCACCGACGGAGGCAGAGACGCGGAAGAGGCAGAAUUGAGGAAGCUAGAGAAGGAAGAGAGGAAGACUUGGGGCGAGGCUUUACGGCUAGGACGCACAGGAUACAGUGAUGCAGUCAUGGGCUGGAUCCAUGUGCUCACGUUGCGAGUUUUCGUGGAGACGGUGUUGAGAUACGGUCUUCCGCUGGCAUACGUCUGCGGCUUGGUCAAGACAACACCCAAACUCUCCAAAAAGGCCAAGACUGGGCUCGAUAAUCGGUUCUCUGAUCUCGGUGGCAAUGCUCUCAGCCGAGACAAGAAAGGGCGGCCGCAGCAGGACGACAGCGCGAUGCAACAAGAGAUGGCGGGUGCCGGCCUAGGCGGCGACCAAGGCUAUGAGCCUUAUGUCUUUUACGAAUUCGAAAUCAUAUAGCGAAUUGUGAAUGGCGAAGAAAGAUAGACGAAGCGAACUCUGGCUCCAUGCCUAGCAGCUCGGAGUCAUGUGGCCAUCGUGGACCCACGCUCCGUACUCGACACUCCCAUGCAGUGCGAAUGUUGGCUGGCUCAGAUGAGCAGGGCAUCAAAGGUAUCACUGGUCGAGGCGUGAUAGCGAACGCGAAGCACUGCAAGAUGCUCGCGCGAGCAUCAUGUCCGCCGAUGCGCCACACAUUCGAGAUGGCCGCCACACUGAGACCGCUUGACACCGUCUACCGUACCUACUCGAUGGAGUCGUGAAUUGAUUCAGCCGCACGAGUGGAGCUCUAGCGCAAUCUCUUCUUUUCCCG